GUAUUUUGUUUUCAAAUCCAAUGACAAUGAAUAAUUGAAAGCGUGACAUAAGUGUCCAAAUACAUUCUGGGGACAUGCAUUAAAUAGCGAAUUAACAACAGGAAUUGGGUAAGUGUUAUUGUACUGGCACGAAAACUACAUUUUAUUGUUCAGUAAGCCUCGUUGGUUCAGCUCUUGCUUUUCGGUCUCCUUUUAAAUCUUAUUAAUGUAGACUAAAUGUGAGCUCAUCUAUGCAAUAAUUACAUUUUCCAGAGGAUACACAUUCUGGAGAGACCUAAACAUGCCAGAAGACUUGUUUACAACCACAAACUCUGUGUUUGGACAUAGGGUGGGAUGUAAACAUAGGCAAAAUAAUUUAAGACAUACAAACCGUCGGCAGCGCAAACAUUUACUCAAAACUCUCAGGGGAUGCUUGAUUAAAUUACCAUUAGGUCCCGCCCCUGGAUUCCUAUGAUUGGGCGCUGAUAUAAGUGGGCGUGCCACGGCCGUCCUUUGUAUAAACAGACACGCGCUCCACUAUUUGACAGUCAAAACAAACUAGACGCUGUAGCCUACUGAAUUACACUUCUCAGCUUGUAGACACAGCAGGUUUUUCUUUAGUGUUAAGCUAUUUUUUAUUAUUAGAAUUAAGUAACCACACUACUAUUGCGCAUAUGCAAGCGCAUCCUAGAAGACGGGGAGCGGGUGCGUGCAAGUGACCGAGGAUGGACUCGCCUAUGCAGGGGUCCUACUGGCUUCCUCUCGCGCUCUGUGCCCUGCUAUUGUGGAGCUCCGUGUGUGCUCGUGAGCCGGUCUGUCAGGAGAUUUCAGUGCCAUUGUGUAGAGGGAUUGGCUAUAACUACACCUAUAUGCCCAACCAAUUCAACCACGACACCCAGGAUGAAGCAGGACUUGAGGUGCACCAGUUCUGGCCGCUCGUGGAGAUCCAGUGUUCCCCCGACCUGCGCUUCUUUCUUUGCAGUCUGUAUACACCCAUUUGCCUUGAGGACUAUAAGAAGCCUUUGCCGCCGUGCAGGAGUGUGUGCGAACGGGCGAAAGCGGGAUGCGCGCCGCUGAUGAGGCAAUACGGUUUCCCGUGGCCGGACCGAAUGAGGUGCGAUCUUCUACCCGUGCAGGGGGAUUCAAACACUCUGUGUAUGGACUACAACAGAACUGACGCUACAGCAUCACCGGCUGCUGCAAAACCAACUAGCCGCCAGGGGAAGCCAAACAACCGGAAGAAUAAAAGCAGUCAUGGAUCUUCUUCAUGCGAACCGGAGUGUCACUGUCGCGCGCCUAUGGUAAUCGUGAGCAAUGACCGUCAUCCCUUGUAUAACCGGGUCAACACGGGGCAGAUCCCCAAUUGCGCCAUGCCGUGCCACAACCCCUAUCUUUCUCAGGAGGAAAGGACCUUUGCCACAUUUUGGAUAGGGAUUUGGUCGGUUUUGUGUUUCCUGUCCACGUUCGCUACUGUCGCCACUUUCCUCAUUGACAUUGAGAGGUUUAAAUACCCCGAGCGCCCUAUUAUUUUCCUGUCCGCCUGCUAUAUGUUCGUGUCCGUGGGAUACAUUAUCAGACUCAUCGCGGGACACGAAAGGGUCGCGUGCAACCAGAAUCAUGAGGUGGACCAUAUCCACUAUGAAACCACAGGUCCCGCGCUUUGCACGCUUGUGUUUCUGCUAAUUUAUUUUUUUGGGAUGGCGAGCGCCAUCUGGUGGGUGAUUCUGACGAUUACGUGGUUCCUCGCGGCAGGAAUGAAGUGGGGAAAUGAAGCAAUCGCGCGAUACUCGCAGUAUUUUCACCUGGCCGCUUGGCUCAUUCCGAGCGUGAAAUCUAUCGCCGUGCUCGCGCUGAGUUCGGUGGACGGAGACUCGGUUGCGGGAAUCUGCUACGUGGGUAACCAGAACUUGGAUAACCUGCGGGGAUUCGUGCUCGCGCCACUGGUGAUUUAUCUUUUUAUCGGAACAAUAUUUUUAUUCGCGGGCUUCGUGUCUAUGUUUCGGAUACGGAGCGUCAUUAAACAAGGAGGAACGAAGACGGACAAACUCGAGAGAUUGAUGGUCCGAAUCGGGGUAUUUACUGUGCUGUAUACAGUCGUUGCCAUGGUGAUUGUGGCUUGUUACGUUUACGAACAGCACAAUCGUGAAGCGUGGGAAAUAGCGCACGCGUGUAACUGCUCGGCGGAGAAAAAAACCCUGAAACCUGAUUACGCCGUGUUUAUGCUCAAAUACUUCAUGUGCCUUGUGGUUGGGAUCACGUCAGGUGCGUGGACGUGGUCCGGUAAAACUCUGGACUCUUGGCGAGCCCUGUGCACGCGCUGCUGCUGCAGUUGGGGAGGUAAAGGCACGAGCGGGUCAGUUUACAGUGACGGCAGCACGGGACUGACGUGGAGGUCCGGCACAGCAAGCUCGGUUUUGUACCCACCAAAACAAAUGCCACUGUCGCGAGUCUGAUGACUGAGACAUAGGUGAGGCAGAACUUCUCAAAAAGACUUUGCAAACUGACUGCUGCUUUCCUGACAGAUGAGAGAUGCAUAAUACCAGCGUUAGGUGAGACCGGGGCUAGUUGUCACACGGUGAAGUUGCUAUAACACCAUAUUCUGUGAGAAAUAUUCUGAAGUAAAAAGUGUGACUAUUCCCGAUCUCUUCAACUACACUAAAUUGCCUACCAGUUAUUAAAUCUGUUUAUCAGGUUAUUAUGAAUGUGCCUUUAAAAGUGUUAUACGGGUUUUUAUAUUUUUCUUAUGUAUUUAUAUUAAGAUUUUAUUGUUAAAACAACGACAUAGAAUGUUUAACAUUUAUACAAGAUUGUGUAUUUAUCAUUUACUUUGACAGAAAACUAUUUU